AUGGCAGUAAAUACCAGCCUUUGUGGUUACAAUUUCUGGAUUAAGAUUAUUUCUUUCAGGGUCCCACCACUUGAUCUUGGAAGCCUUGUUGAUUCUGAUGAGGAGGAGCAGGACAUAAUACCUGAAGAUUUACCAGCACCAACAGGCAAAUUUAAGCUAAAAUACCAGCAGUAUGCAACUGAAAUGAAAGAGGGAUACAAACAGUACACUCAGAGAAAUGCAGAAAAGGCAAAAGCAGCCAGCACGCACGAGGCUUCAAGAAAUGAGAUAAAUGAAAAGUGUCAUCAGGGUGAAGUAGCCAGUGCGGGUGACCUUAUGACCUUGGACAGGAAAGCCCUCUUACAGCAAGGUUAUGCGGAUAGCCCUUACCAUAGACGGAGCAGCACAAGGAAAUCAGAUGCGGAAACUGUGGCUUUAGCGAAGAAGAAACGGACGGUCACAGAGCAAAUGAUGAUAGACCACUUAGCCAGGGCUGUCAUCAGCGAUCCAGAACAAGACCUAAACACCACAAAACAAGAAAGUUCUCAUAUCCCUCCAGACUCAAAGAGGGCGCCACUUCGAGUUAGGAGACGAACUCUGCAUGAAACAAAGAUAAGAACCAACUCUACAUUAACAGAGAAUGACCUUUCUCGGAAGGUAGAAUUUGAUGGGAGGGUCUUAUCAAGGAAUGGGCGUGACGCUUGCAGGGAGCUGGUUGGCUUCUUCUUUACCCACGACCAGUCCCUAACUGUGUAUGAAUAUCGAACAUUUGGGAAAAACAGGACAAAUGUGCUUCCUUUUAUUAAGAAAGACAUUUAUAGUCACCAGUGUGGAAGAAGAAAAGGAAAGCAAUACCAACUUGGUGACUUCUAUAUUGGUGCCACUUUGACAUUUUUGACCUGUGAUCAUCCGAGCCUUCCAAAGAGCAUAAAAGAAAAUACAUUACUUAGACUUCGAAUUACAAAUAUUGAUCAAAUAACUUUGGAUUCUCUGAAAACUGCCUCUGUGGGACAUGAGGAAGAAGAUGCAGCCAGUCAGGAGGCCCAAGAUCAGGUGGUGCUGCAGGCCAUUCAGGAUAAACUAAGAGAACAGCUACACAAGAGAGGUGUUCGUGUUUUGACUGGAUUGGGAAAAUAUUUUCAACAAUUGGACAAGGAAGGGAACGGGCUUUUAGAAAAGGCAGAUUUUCAGCAAGUUCUGAGAACCUUUCACUUAGAAGUGUCUGAACAGGACUUUGAGUCUUCCUGGCUAAUUCUGCAAGGCAGCAGCCAUGGCGAGAACAAGGUUGACUAUGGAGAAUUCAAACGUGCCAUUUUUGGUGAAAUGAAUGAAUACAGAAAAUCAUUUGUUCGCAAGGCCUUCAUGAAAUUGGAUUUCAACAAAACUGGUAUGGUGUCUGUUAUAGACAUAAGAAAGUGUUACUGUGCGAAGAAGCACCCACGUGUGAUUACAGGGCAUUCAACAGAGGAGGAAAUCAAAUCGUCUUUUUUAGAGACAUUAAAAGACACCUGCAGCAAGUCUGAUGAAGUUUCAUACGGCGAGUUUGAAGAUUACUAUGAAGGCCUGAGCGUGGGGAUAGCAGAUGAUGAAGAUUUUGUUAGCAUCUUGCGUACCCCAUGGGGCAUUUAGUUUUUGAUGAUGGACGUUCUCAUCAGAACCAAGCGUUUUAUAGGAAAGAUGAGUUUUAUAGAAAAUACUAUCAACUUGUAAUAUAUUG